ACUGUGAGGAAGAGGGAGAUUAGAACAAGCAGAUGAGAGAACCAAGUGAGAACGAGGAUAUUAUCCCUGACAAGUAGUGUUACGUUAAUUUGAUUUGAGUGGCAUUGUGAAGGUUUUAGCAGUUUCAUUUGUAGGUUAGCCAGUGUUUGAAGAACAGGAAGUAAUACUUACAGUGCAUUUAAGAAGUCUGAGAUUUUUUUUAGGUCAGGCUUUUUCGGCUAAAUCAAAAGGAGAACAAAAGGACAUUGUGUGCAACAAAAUAGUGUAACAUUAGGUUUAUAAUGGCAGAUUGUGAAGUAGAGGAUUCAAAUUACCACACUGGAAAAGAUGACAUGAAGUGGGGAUAUGAAGACGGGGGUGAAUGGGGUUUGCUGUUCCCUGAUGCAAAUGGUGAAUAUCAAUCUCCCAUAAAUCUCAACUCGAGGGAAGCGCGCUAUGACCCUGGGUUGCUGGAGGUUGGACUUACACCAAACUAUGUGGUGUGUCGAGACUGUGAAGUUAUCAAUGAUGGGCACACCGUGAGGAUCAUGUUGAAAACCAAAUCAGUGGUGACAGGGGGACCACUUCCAAAUGACUCUGAAUAUGAGCUGCAUGAAGUUCGUUUCCAUUGGGGAAAAGAAAAUCAUCGUGGGUCAGAGCACACUGUCAACUUUAAGGCGUUUCCUAUGGAGCUUCAUCUCAUCCAUUGGAAUUCAACACUCUUCAGCAACGUGGAAGAGGCUAUUGGGAAGAAGAACGGUAUAGUCAUCAUUGCCCUUUUUGUUCAGGUUGGGAAAGAACAUGUUGGCCUAAAAGCUAUAACUGAUGUCCUCCAGGAUCUACAGUACAAGGGGAAGACAAAGAUAAUUCCAUGUUUUAAUCCAAACACAUUGCUACCAGAUCCGUUGUUAAGAGAUUACUGGGUAUAUGAAGGAUCCUUAACGACACCUCCUUGCAGUGAAAAUGUCGCCUGGAUAUUAUAUCGCUACCCUCUCACAAUUUCUCAGAUACAGAUCGAAGAGUUUCGGAGACUUAGGUCACAUAUCAAAGGAGCAGAGCUCUCAGAGGGUAAUGAUGGAAUGUUGGGAGAUAACUUCAGACCCACCCAACCUCUGAAUGACAGGGUGGUGUGUGCUGCUUUCCAAUAAACUAUAUAUUAUUUACUGUUGACUGAGAGGAAUCCAUUCCAUCUUCGCACCGAAAUGGAGAAUCUUCCAUUUUCAUUCUUCAGUCUUCCAAAGGAGCUGCAUUGUGACUGUUGCUCGGCUGAAGGGCUGCCUUUGCUUCAAAUAAAUGUA